AUGCCUACCAUGGAUAAAAGAAGCGGCGAUAACUCAGCAUGGACCGACUCCGUCGUAUCAACCCGCAGAAACUCAGCAGAAUGGCAACAAUCAAGACCAGCUUCUCCCAUCCUGAGUCAUCUAAGUGUCAACACCAACCAUGCCACACACGCUUACAGUAAAUCCAUCACGCCAGCCGUCGAAAAAGGCGAAGACCCCUUCCGCGAUGACGCCUCUGAAGACGAAAGACAUCAUGACGACCAUGCUAGAGUCGACAUGUUCGAUCCCAACAGGUCCAAGAUGCCGCUCAAGCAGCGUCUGCACCAUUUUACGUGGGCUUGGUACACGUUUCCCAUGAGUACAGGCGGUUUGUCACUUCUCAUCUUCGCGCAGCCGCAUCAGUUCCCUGGUCUCUUGGGAAUCGGCAUGACGGUGUAUAUCAUCAAUAUCAUUCUCUUCGUGGCCAUCUGCUCUACCAUGUUGAUUCGCUUCUUCUUCAACCCGGGAGAUAUGGCGAAGUCGCUUACGCACGAGCGAGAAGGCUUUUUCUUUCCCACUUUCUUCCUUUCCAUCGCUACCCUUAUCACUAGCACCCAGCGGUAUGCCAUUCCUGAUAACGAUACAACGCUGGCGUGGGCUAUCCAGGUGGCGUUUUGGAGCUACGUUGUUGUAACUCUCUUAUUGGCUAUCGGUCAGUAUAGUUAUGUCUUCGCUGCGCAUAACUUUGGGUUGCAGACUAUGAUGCCAACCUGGAUUCUUCCUAUUUUUCCUAUCAUGUUGUCGGGUACCAUUGCUUCUGUUGUUGCCGAGACGCAGCCUGAGAUCGCGGCUAUUCCUAUUAUUGUGGCUGGUUUGACGUGCCAGGGUCUUGGUCUGUCCGUCGCCGUUCUCAUGUAUGCUCACAUGGUCGGUCGCUUGAUGUCAGCCGGCUUGCCGAACCGUGAGCAUCGUCCAGGCCUGUUCAUGAACGUGGGCCCGCCAUCGUUCACAGCCCUGGCCCUUAUCGGCAUGGCUAAUGGACUGCCCAAGAGUCUAGAUCCAGACAUGGAUGGCUUCCUCAUCGAUGUUGGCAUCAUUCGCACUAUGGCUUUGAUAUCGGGCAUCUUUCUCUGGGCCCUCGCAGCCUGGUGGUGGGGAAUUGCUAUCGUGGCUGUCGUCCAGUUGCCUCCCGUCUAUUUCCAUCUAGGCUGGUGGGCCAUGGUCUUCCCUAACACUGGCUGGAUUCUUGCUACCAUAUCCAUUGGAAACGCCAUGGGCAAUGAGCCAGUUAAGUGGAUGGGGACAGGUAUGAGUAUUGUGCUUAUCUGCACCUACUUCUAUGUUCUCUUCAACCAUGUCCGAGCUGUGAUAAAACAAGAUAUCAUGUACACUGGAAGGGACGAGGAUUUCAACGACCACUAG